CAACUCGGUGCCACCCAAGUCGUGCAUCACCUUCAUCGCGAAUCACCAUCACACAACUGCUGCUCCCCUGUAUCUCCCUUCCCACCUCAUCCCUCCCAUCUCGUCCUGACCUCGAAACGAACUCGGUUUGGUGACAAGAUUUGCUCCAUCUUCCAAAGCCUUGCAGCCUCUCACUUCGCCGCUGGUCUCCCUACUCAUCCGCUCGCCUUGCCUACAUUGUCCUCCUGCCUCUAUCCUGACUCCUCUGCACCACCACCGACCCAAGGAUAACCCCCCACUUUCCGACACCGCUGCUUCAAUAACCCAGCCCGCCUUCAAGCGCUCACCUCCCCUUUUGUCGACCUCAUUACCCUCCAAGCCAUCCUCAAGACCCUUCACCUCGGUACUCUCGUUGACAUUCUAUACUUGACGCUGGCCAGGAGCAUCUCCGACCAGACACACUCUCUCGCUUGAAAUACACGCCUUGUUCAUCGUCCUUGCCCUACUUGGCACAGUUUCAGCCUCCACCGUGCUCGAUCAUCUCUACAACCAGACGCAGGCGAUCAUGCAGUUCUUGAUGACCACACUGCGCUCCAGAAGGCAGGUCAUCACCCUCGGCCUCUCCCACACUGCAUAGUCGAUAUUGGCGAUGCAAGAUCUGCACAAGGUAGGACAGAGUCACAGUUUGCAGGCAGAGCCCGUCAAGACUCGCUCGGCGCUCGGCGGCGCCUUUACUUACAUUGAACCAUCUCGCUCUCCUCCAACGGAUCGUCUUUCACCACCCUUGCAAUCGGCCGCCAUGUCCGCCGUCUCUCCCCGGCGCCGGGCCGCUCAGGAGGCUGCUAUGGACAGUUAUAUCGCUAGCCCCGACCCUCCACCGCCCAUUUUAGUCCGUGCCUUGUACAACUACAACGCCGACGACGAGACCAGUCUGAGUUUUCGACAGGGCGAUAUCAUUCAUGUAAUAACUCAAUUGGAGAGUGGAUGGUGGGAUGGGGUCAUUAACAACGUCAGGGGCUGGUUCCCUAGUAAUUAUACCGUCGAAAUAAAUGCGGACGACAUGGUUGCGUCUGGCAACGAGGACAGCGAAACAGGCUCUGGUACCGAGGAGGACUAUGAUGAAGAGGAGGAGGAUGAUUCUGAUAACCAUACCCAAGAUGGCGACUCCGACCUGCCCAUCGAGGGCAAUAGCACACUCCUCCAGGAUGAGGCAGCCUUCUGGGUUCCCCAAGCCACUCCAGACGGACGUUUAUAUUAUUUCAACACCCAGACUGGCGUCAGCACUAUGGAGUUACCUCUAGAAACCCCCACCAGCCCCGAUGAAACAGGCCCUAGGGAUCGCACCAAUUUCUAUGUCCCCGAACAAACAAGACCCCCACCCCAGAUGAUGGCACAGGGCUACUAUCAAGCUGAAGACGAGUAUGACGGUUCUGCCUCGGAGGCCGACGGCGAACCGUCCAGCUGGUCUCCCCGCAGAAACCGCUCUUUGGCCUCCGACGGUGUCUCGACAUCGACGUCCAUGGACUCAAUCGACAUCAGCGCUGCCAGGCAAGCAGGCAAACAAAUUCCUCCCAGCUCUACCAGCACCUUUGGUUCUCAAGCCAUUUCCAGCGCCCUGCCCCCCCUGGGCAUAUCAACAACUUCGUUCACCACUCCACUACAGCCUCGUCUCGUCAAGUCACCCGUUCCCAGGUACUUUGUUGACAACACCAUGGCCACACCAGCCACGUGGGAUACACUGAUUGAAAACAUGCGUUCUGCCAUUGACGCUUAUCGUAGCGCUAUUCGCACUCGCGCACGUGCCGAUUAUCUGCGUCGAGCGGAGGAUAUCUCAGACCAUCUCCGCAUCCUUCUCACAGCCGGCUCUGGAACCACCGACAAUCAUUCAGGCAACCCCUCUAUCAUUUCAUCCAACAAGGCUCUCUACCCACACUUUCGGGAGAUGAUGUCAAAAUUUUCCAAGCUUGUCUUGUCGUCCCAUAUUGCUGCAGCAGAUUGGCCAGGCCCAGAUGCCCUAGCCAAGUGUUUGCAAGAGGCCGACGGAGUGAUGAAUGGGGUCUAUGGCUAUGUUGAGGUGGCCCGACAACAGAGAGGGGAAGAAAUUCCGCGAUUAAAUCCUGGCUUUAUUGUCGGCAGCAACGCGGGUGGAAACUGGCACGACAAUAACCUUGACUUCCAGGCCAAUCUGGACGAAGUCUCAUUCAUGGACUCUGGUGAUGAAUCUCGCUCACGACCGUCCACGCCCCUUGACCCCACCGUGUUGAGAAGGAUCGACGAGUGUAAGAAGAACAUCACCCAAGCAUUGCGACAAGUGGAAGAGUCGUUGAACCUUCCGGAAAAGAUUAUCACUCCCACCAGGCAGGCGGUCAUUGGUGACACUGUUUGUCAAAUGGCUGGCAUUGCGUUCAACCAGUUCAGGCCCUGGAUCCAACUCAUCGAAUCCAUCGAUCUGUCCGCUGUGGGAAAUUCAUUCCAGAACCCGAAUUUGGCAGACUUUGCAGCCCAGAAGCAGCAAGCGUACGACGCGGCGGCUGCGCUGUUGCUAAGGUGCCAGGAAAUUACGUCUCCUCUGCCGGACGAAUGGGCUGAGACCCGAGGUGACCCUCUGGACAGUCUCCUAAACAACGUCCGCGAGGCAUCCAAGGAGCUGGACACCAGCAUUGCCAAGCUAGGAUAUGCCCUCCAACUAUUGCUACCUGUGACGGCGCUCAACACGUCGUCGACGAAUAAGAAGGACCAUCGACUGACAGACGGGGGCGAAAUCUACCAAAGUCAUCACCUGCGAGGAGACUCGUUGCAGCGACCUGCACUCGCAGAUAUUGGUCAGUCGAAAUCAUACACUAUGGGUCAGGAUGCUGCGGGAGACAAGCUGCGAAGACCGCCCACCAAGGACAAAGCCAGGCAAUUUUUCGGUCAACUGCCACCCAAUCUCGCCAACAUCAAGACAGCCAACGAACCGAGUUUCACGCCAGGAGAAGAUAUGCCCUGGUACCUACAACUUGAUCACGUGGAUGAAGUUCAAUAUAAUACGGUCAACGGUGUACAACAGGUCAAGAGUGGAUCAUUGACCGGCUUGGUGGAACAAUUGACCCGGCACGAUCGCCCCGAUACCAUGUUUGCCACCACAUUCUUGCUGACCUACCGCUCCUUCACAUCAGCGUCGGAGCUGUUUGAGCUUCUGGUGAGGCGAUUCAACCUGCAACCACCAAAAGGGCUGACGAGGGACGAAUACUUGAUCUGGGAAGAGCACAAACAAAAGCCUGCACGAUUUCGAGUGUUGAACAUUCUCAAGUCGUGGCUGGAACUGUACUGGAUGGAAAGUGAGAGUGAGACGAGUCAGAACAUCCUAGAAAGGAUCCUGGCAUUUGCGAAAAGCACAUUUGCUAGCACCAAGAUACCGCUGGCCAAAGCGUUGAUCACUAUCGUUGAUCAACGGAUGAAAGGACAGGAGACGACGUCCAAGAAGUUGAUAUUAACAUUGAACAGUUCGGCGCCGCUUCCGAUCCUACCCAAGAACAUGAAGAAGAUCAAAUUUUUGGAUAUUGACCCUCUGGAGUUUGCAAGACAGCUGACCAUUAUGGAAGCGAAGCUAUACGGCAAGAUCAAGCCGGUGGAAUGUUUGGAAAAGACGUGGCAGAAGAAGACGAGUGCCGAGACGAGUGAAGCCGCUCCCAACGUGCAGGCUUUGAUUUUGCACUCGAACCAAUUGACCAACUGGGCGGCGGAGAUGAUUUUGAGUUACCCGGAGGUCAAGAAGCGGGUGUAUGUGAUCAAACAAUUUGUUGCCAUCUCAGAAAAAUGUCGACAACUGAACAACUUUUCAGCGGUGACUGCGAUUGUGUCAGCGCUGGGGAUGUCUCCGAUUCAGCGACUGAACCGGACGUGGCAGCAAGUGCCUCCAAAGACGAAUCAAAUACUCGAAUCGCUCCGCCAUCUCAUCUCGACGACCAAGAAUUUUAGUGUGUACCGAGAGACACUGCACGCCGCGACACCUCCUUGUAUCCCAUUCCUGGGAGUGUACCUGACGGAUCUGAUCUUCAUUGAGGACGGAAUCGCGUCGUUGAUGAAGAACACGGAGUUGAUCAACUUUGCGAAGCGUACCAAGACGGCGGAGGUGAUUCGAGACAUUCAGUCAUACCAGAAUGUGCCGUACGGACUGGCGCCCGUGCCGGAACUGCAAGACUGGAUAUUCAAUAACAUGAGAAAUGCAGGCGAUGUGCAAGAGGUGAGCAUGUACGAUCGCAGUCUGAAGGUGGAGCCUCGAGAGCGAGAGGAGGAAAAGAUUGCACGACUGUUAUCUGAGUCGGGCUUUUUAUGAGAUAUCAAGACCAUUAUGACAUAUUUUGGGAUAAUCUGUGGUUGGGAAGACCUUCUUUGGACAUUGGCACACAGCGCUCUGUGCUUACACGAUGGCGGGAAUUGGUGAAUACCCCUACAGACCGUUUGAAUUUGAACAUCAUGAUGAAUUGGACGACUUAGCAUGAGGCCCGACAUGGGUAGACUCUGUUCGGCAUGUUGACUCAAUUGGGGGUGAGCGGAGAGCUUUGGAUAAUAUUCCAGGCUGCGUUGUGACGCUGCGGUGAUCGUAGAUGGAGAUGUUUCCUUGACGGAGGAUUCCCACACGGGUCAGGAGAUGGGGAAUUGACAAUUGUCAUCAUUAUGAUUCUUAUUGACUCGUUUGUUUGUUUCUCUCGUCGUACUAGAAGUCCCUAGGGCAAAGGGCGAGAACAAAAGUCUUCAGGGUCCUUGUGAGAAUUGGUGGCCAUGGAUGGAAAAGAUGGACGCAUACGAAGAGGAAGAAGAAAUGAUCCCAAGGCCACUGCAGUCGCUCCUUCCUGCUCCAGCGAGGUCAAGUCAGGGAAGUCACAGGUCUGCACAUUCCUUCCGUGAGGUUACAAAGAAUGUCGCUGGCCACUUCUUGUCUACUUUUUGUCUACUCACUUUGUAGAGAGGCAUCAACCACCUUACUCAAGCGGCCAAGUCUCUUGUGAUUCAUGAC